AUGUCGGCCUCCUCAUCCCCGCACUCUGCGCUCGAGUCAUGCAGCGUGUUCGACGAGCUCCCCACCGAGCUCGGCGUGCUCAUCUUCUCGUACCUCUCGGCGAGCGAGCUGGCAUCGAUGGCAGCCGUGUCGCACAGAUUCCGCAGUUGGGCCAAGGACGAUCUGCUGUGGCGGAAGCUCUGCGCUGCUGAUUGGGGUUGUCAGCCACAUGCCCACCUCGAUCAAGUCCUACCACCUGAAUCAGAGCCUGUCGGCUGCUGGAAGGAGGUCUACCAUGGGUGGGUGAUGUUCUUUGAUGGCAUCCCGAUGGAGUAUGCUCAGGAGAUGGGACGGGUGCUGCGGAGGCUUGUGGCGGCGGCAGAUGCGGCGGUCCCGGGCAUUGCCGACACGAUCUUGCCGCCGCUCUCGCGGGAUGCGAGUCGUGCCGAAUGGGAUGUGCUGGGAGUCUCACCGCCGAUGAGCAUCCGGGCCUUGUACUCGUGGCUCGGCGGACAGAACCUUGGCCGCGAUGUGAAGCGGGCUCUUGAGAUGUGUUUGUUGGCGGCCUCCGACCAGUUGUAUCCGGUGGACAUCGGCUCUGGAGUCGGGGUUGGCUUUGCGGCGUCGACCGUCGGUGGCGACAUGCGGCUGUAUGCCGUGGAUCCGGAGGGAAUGCUGGUGCGGGUGUGCAGCUCGGGCUUGAUGCCGAUGGUGUCGCAAGUGGGCGACGACCGCGAGGAUCCGCUGCUCUGCUGGCUCCGCACCUACGCCGAGCGGCUCGAGUCUGGCGUGUUUGGAGCCGAUGAGCUGUUCUCGGCCGGCGAGCUCGGGCCUGGCGCGAGCCCGCUCGUCGCAAUCUCGCACUUUCCCCAGUCGGGUGCCGGGUACUACGAGGCCACCACGCGCGGGAUCACAGUAGGUGCCGCGCCGGCUCUGGUCGGGGAUAGCGAGUGGGCGUACCGCAUCACGGUGUUUGAGGCCGACGGCGGCGCCGAGCUGCCCAAGGCUCAGCUGACCACCCGCCGAUGGGUCAUCGACGGCGAGGAUGGCGAGCACGACGAGGUCGAGGGGCCCGGCGUCAUUGGCCUGUAUCCUGUUGUGGAGGCGUCAGUCGGCCCGAGCCGGGCAAAGCCGUUUCGAUACGUUUCGCGGACUCUCCUGACCGAGUCGGAGCGCGGGACGAUGGGCGGCGCGUUUAAGUUUGUGCCCGGCACCAUCGAUGAGCCUGCCGGCGAGCCGUUCUGGGUCCACGUGCCGACCUUUGAGUUGCGGGUCGACGACGUGCUGUUCUGA